AUGGCUAUCGACAAGUAUCUAGGAGCUGAAGAGGCGUUUCCUCUGUGGGAUGAGGGUCCCAUUGAUGACGCUUUUGAUCUCACCACGCCGAAGAAUGACGACGACGUCGCCCAAGCCGUUGUUUCCAGCGUCAAUCGUCCGUGGCUGUUCAGAUAUGAUGCUAAAAAUUCUCAGAGGAAUCUCAGCAAAGCUGUCUUGAUCUUAGGUGGUGGAGGAUAUGUGGAAUUGAUGGCGGGAAGAGAAGGCUACCAAGUCGCGGAAUGGCUCAGGUCUCUCGGCUACCAUGCCUUUGUGCUGAUUCAUCGCUUUCCAAAUGAGCGUACGGGAGCGCAAGCACCACUGGAUGACGCACGACGCGCUCUACGUAUGAUCAGGAACUCAGGGUUUGCCAGCGAAGGCUUGGGAAUCUGCGGUCUGAGCUCAGGAGGUCACCUGGCAGCUUCACUUCUCUCCGAGUACCCGUCAGUAUGGACAGAACGGCACGCCCCUGACGAGGAGAACUCAGACUUAUCCCUGCCUAAGCUCGACUUUGCAAUCAUCGGCUACGGACCAAUCUCAACGAAUGCGAAAGGACGCCAGAUCAUUGCCGACAAAAAGCCGCUGGAGCCGCCUGAGAAGCAACAACUCUACGAUAUUGUCCAACCUGAUUUUCAACUGAGGUCAGCGGUACCGCCUACGUUUAUUGUGUAUUCGGGGAAUGACCCUGUGGUUCCGGUGGUGAACGCGUAUCGGCUUGCGGAGGGGAUUACGAAGACGGGAGCGUCGGUGGAGCUGCAUGUGUUUGCAGAUGCACCGCAUGGCUUUGCAUUGGACACGAUAGGGAUGCCCGUGAGCAAAUGGACAAGUAUGUGCGAGGAGUGGCUGAAGCAGGGUGGCCAUCUUGGGUGA